AAAGCUGCACAAAGUUGAAUGUGAUUUUAAGAUGGACUACAGCUUAAUUUUGUGCUGCAUUGAAAGUGAAUCUACAAUUUACAAUUUAAUUUUCUCAUUGGGUGCUCACAAAGUUCUUGGGGUUUUUGUUGUUAGUUAUUAAGCUUUAACAUUGCAAGUAAAGGAUAUAAAAUUAUAAUUGCCUACAAAUUGAUUCUAAUAUUAAAAGUAUUUUAAAAAUGCUUUUUGACAAAAGAACUAUUAAGGAAAUGUUAAUACUAUUUCUUUAAAACUUCAUUAGUCAACACCAAAAAAAAGUUGCUUGCCACACUGAAUUGUAUGUCAAAAUUAAAUAAUUUAGUUAGCAGUUUAUAUUAUGUUACUUGUUAUGUGUUGAAAAAUUAUAAUAAUAUUUUUGUUCAAUUUGUUUACCAUUUGGCAAUUUUGCAGUCCCGUUUUUUUUACGUAACUUCCAUUGCACUUAAAAGUUUCUUCGUAGUUUUUAACUGAAAUGCAACGAUUGCAGUUGAGUUGUUUUCUGAGCCCUCUUUUGUUCCUCAGAACUAUUUUGGCCAUAGACUUUUGUGAUGUGAAGUCCUGCCAUGGCAAACGGCAUAUUGGAUGUAAUAACAACAUGAUGUUCGAGGACAGCUGCCUGCGUUUCCAUGAUCUGGUUAAUAUGCAACUAUUUAAGCAGUAUCUGCUGGGUCUCCACAAUGAAUAUCGCCAGGACGUGGCUAGCAGCUUGUUUGUUGACCUCCCACCUGCCCUAAAAAUGCCGGAAUUGGUGUGGGACGACUACCUGUCGGUGGUGGCUGAAUAUCACCUGAAACGCUGCGAAAUGGAACUUCCCGAUGACACCUGCCUGGCCACCGAUGACUUUGCCGAUCCCCAUUUCAACUACGCCGAGGACUUCUAUCCAAGGCCACUGGUUCGCCAAUCAAACGUUAGGCAGAUGACAAUCCUAUCGGAACAGUGGAUGGAUGAGCUCUUCGAAAUGGACGACAUUGGCUCGGAAAACGUGGAAAGCGAGAUUGGAAAUAUUAUAAACGACCAGAGCGCAUAUAUGGGAUGUGCCGCUGGCCGGGACUACGAUCUGUGGAACAUACACUUUAUCCUCAUCUGCUACUACAGCUCGGGACCUCCCAAAAAAGGAAACCUCUACGAAGAAGGCAAUUUCAAUGCCAGCCUUUGUCCCCACGGAAAAAGUGAUGGAUACCCCAACCUUUGCAAAACACUGACCCUGAAUGACUAAGUCGCAGCAUCUCCGGAAAAAUAAAUAUUGCAAAGGCUUUGGGUAUAAUUAAAUGUGCGAGCCACUUGGGCCAUAAGUGGGAAAGGGGCAGUGAUGAACUUUUGGAUUCCCCUAUAGCUUGAUUUUAAUUUUCUGGUAACUAAAAGUGCCCAAAUUUGAGUAAUAAAUGUCGGUAUUUCAAUAAAUUAUAGAAGCCUGAUCGUGAA